AUGGCGUCGGAUAAAUCAGCAGCAGUCGAUACUUCGUUGUCUUCGGAUAAUGAAGCUCUACCUGUAGUCCGGGAAAAGCAUCCAGUAAAAUGGUACCGUUCUACUCUCUAUAAUUCCAUAAUUCUUGGAAUCUGUAACUUCCUGGCCCCAGGUAUCUGGGGUGCCAUGAAUAGUCUCGGCGCUGGUGGUGAAGAGUCUCCUCAUCUAGUCAAUGCCGCUAAUGCUCUCACUUUCUGCCUGAUGGUACUAUCCUGCUUCUUCUCCUCCGUUCUCGUUAAAUAUAUCGGUAUCAAGGCCGCUCUCAUUUUCGGUACCAUCGGCUAUGCCCCUUAUGCGGCUGGUCUCUACUGCAAUAAUCGAUAUGGAAACGAAUGGCUUGUACUUCUCGGCGCCGCCCUCUGCGGUAUUUCCGCAGGUGUAUUCUGGAUGGCUGAAGCAGCCAUCGCGUUGAGUUACCCGGAGCCAGAGAACCAGGGAAGGUUUCUGGGUCUGUGGUUGAGUUUUCGUGUUGCCGGACAGGUACUUGGAGGAGUGAUUAACCUUGCUCUUAAUGCAGAUAAUUCGCGCAAAGGAAAGGUGUCCUAUAAUGUAUAUCUUGUCUUCAUCGCUCUACAAGCCCUCGGGCCCUUCGCAGCACUUCUCCUCACAUCACCCGACAAGGUUCAACGAACGGAUAGAGUGACACCCAAUCUCCGCAUUUCUGAAUCAAGCUGGAGAGAAAUAAAACUUACAUCGAAGUUAUUCAUCAGCAAAUAUUUUUUGUUGUUGGUGCCAGUUAUCGCGCAAGGUGUUUACAGUGAGGCGGUCAUGUUUACGUACGAAUCUGUUUGGCUCAGUGUUGGAGGAAGAGCAUUAGGCUCGUUUCUUUCGGGUAUUGUGGCAAUGAUUUCUGGCAACUUAUUGGGUGCAUUUUUGGAUCGGGAGAAGUGGUCUCUGAAGAAGAGAGCGAGGUGGGCUUUUAUUGUUAUCUUGGGAUUGCAGGGUGUAUGGUGGAUAUGGGGAACCGUCCUGGUCACAAAUUACUGGGGACAAAAUCCGCUGCCAGUAUAUGAUUGGACCGAUGGUGGAGCAUUCGUUAGAACCUUUUUAUUAUUUUUAGGAUGGGUCUCUGGCUUUCAGCUGAAUUAUCUGUUCUUAUACUUCCUCGUGGGAAACCUCGCCAAAACGCCUGAAGAAGUAGUAAGAAUCGCAGCACUACUUCGAGGAACCGAAUCAGCUGUUCAGGCUGUUAGUUACGGUUUGAACAGUGUUACAGUGAUGGGUGAUAUCGGGGGUAUAUAUCUCAAUUUUGGUCUUUGGGGAUUAGCGCUGAUCCCUGGAUGGUUACUGGUAAAAGAGAUUGGAGUGAGUCUUGGAGAUAGUAAGAUUGCGAGGGAGAGGGAGGUGAUUGAGAGGUCGUGA